AUGGGGUUAACGCAGGCCGCGGCGGCGGCGGCGGCGGCGGCGCGAUUGUGCGCAGGCGCGGAGUGCGCGGUGCGCCUGCGCCUGCGCGAUGCGCCUGCGCAGAGCGCCGGGCGACGUGGCCGAGCGCAGCCCGGAAGUGGCCUGUGGAACGGCCGCCGGACCGCUGCUCGGAGCCGCUCGGUCCCCGCCCGGUCCCCGUCCCGCUGCUGCGUGGCGCCCGCGCCGGCCGCGACCAUGUUGAAGAAAUUCGACAAGAAGGACGAGGAGUCGGGUGAGGGAGGCCGGGCCCUGCGCAGCGUCCCCCGUCCUCGGGACACUGCGGGGCGCCCGGGCCCCGCUGCCCCCGCUGCGUACCACGCGCUGGGGCUGCUGUACCACGUGCGCAAGAAUGACCGCCUGGCGGUCAGYAAGAUGAUCAGCAAGUUCACGCGACACGGCCUCAAGUCGCCCUUCGCCUACUGCAUGAUGAUCCGCGUGGCCGGCAAGCAGCUGGAGGAGGAAGACGGCAGCCGGGACAGCCCGCUGUUCGACUUCAUCGAGAGCUGUCUUCGCAACAAGCACGAGAUGGUGGUGUACGAAGCCGCCUCGGCCAUUGUCAACCUGCCAGGCUGCAGUGCCAAGGAGCUGGCCCCCGCCGUGUCAGUGCUCCAGCUCUUCUGCAGCUCCCCCAAAGCCGCGCUGCGCUACGCCGCUGUCCGCACCCUCAAUAAGGUGGCCAUGAAGCACCCAUCAGCCGUGACAGCCUGCAACCUGGACCUGGAGAAUCUGGUCACAGACUCGAACCGGAGCAUCGCGACCCUGGCCAUCACCACCCUCCUCAAGACGGGCAGCGAGAGCAGCAUCGACCGCCUCAUGAAGCAGAUCUCGUCCUUCAUGUCGGAGAUCUCGGACGAGUUCAAGGGAGCAUUGGCAGUGAUUUGGGGUGUGCCAACAGGUGCUGUGAGCGCUCUGGCCAAAUUUGGAGCCCAGAACGAAGAGAUGUUGCCCAGUAUCCUGGUGUUGCUGAAGAGGUGUGUCAUGGACGACGACAAUGAAGUAAGGGACCGAGCCACCUUCUAUCUGAAUGUCCUGGAGCAGAAGCAGAAGGCCCUCAAUGCAGGCUACAUCCUGAAUGGUCUGACGGUGUCCAUCCCUGGUCUGGAGAGGGCUCUGCAGCAGUACACUCUGGAACCUUCRGAAAAACCUUUCGACCUCAAGUCUGUGCCCCUGGCCACCACGCCCACGGCUGAGCAGAGAACAGAGACCACCCCCAUCGCAGCCGUCAAACAACCCGAGAAGGUGGCCGCCACCAGGCAGGAGAUCUUCCAGGAGCAGUUGGCUGCGGUGCCCGAGUUCCAGGGCCUGGGGCCCCUCUUCAAGUCGUCGCCCGAGCCCGUGGCCCUCACCGAGUCGGAGACGGAGUACGUCGUCCGCUGCACCAAGCACACCUUCACCCAGCACAUGGUGUUCCAGUUUGACUGCACCAACACGCUGAAUGACCAGACCCUGGAGAACGUCACYGUGCAGAUGGAGCCCACAGAGGCCUACGAGGUGCUGUGCUGCGUGCCCGCCCGCAGCCUGCCCUACAACCAGCCCGGCACCUGCUACACACUGGUGGCCCUGCCCAGGGACGAGCCCACGGCCGUGGCCUGCACGUUCAGCUGCAUGAUGAAGUUCACUGUCAAGGACUGCGACCCCACCACCGGGGAGACGGACGAAGAAGGCUACGAGGACGAGUACGUGCUGGAAGACCUGGAGGUCACCGUAGCCGAUCACAUCCAGAAGGUCAUGAAAGUAAACUUCGAAGCCGCCUGGGAUGAGGUAGGGGAUGAGUUUGAGAAGGARGAGACGUUCACCUUGUCCACCAUCAAGACUCUGGAAGAGGCUGUGGGCAACAUYGUGAAGUUCUUAGGGAUGCAUCCCUGCGAGAGGUCUGACAGGGUCCCGGAGAACAAGAAUACCCACGCGCUGCUCCUGGCAGGCGUGUUCCGUGGUGGUCACGACAUCCUCGUUCGCUCCCGACUGCUGCUUUUGGACACAGUGACAAUGCAGGUGACAGCCAGAAGUACAGAGGAGCUGCCAGUAGACGUCAUCUUGGCYUCUGUGGGCUAAGGGACCAGUCUGCCAGAGCCCAUUCAGUCCUUUCCCCCAACACUACUCGAAAAAUCCUGCUUCCCCAACAAACAGGUGGAGACCCUUCCCAAGCCUUUGUAUCCAAAACCAAUCAAUCAGGAACCAUCGUGUGGACUUUUAAAAAUUCCACCCCCUAUCCCAGAAUUCCUAGGGAGUAACUUUUUUUUGUCUUUAAUAGAGGAUUAUUUUAGCUUGGCCUAGGUCUUGCAGUGCUGCCUGAGAGGGGAGGGGCGUCACAGUUGGGUAAAAGAAAAUGUUUACACCUCAAUUUAUCCCCCAAGAAACGACCUUAGUACUAUAAUAAAUCAGCAUGUAUUUA